GCUGAGUGCAAAUGCCAUUUCAUAUGCCUUUGGGUCACCGUGAAGAUGCAGCACGUUCUCCUCCUGCUCCUCAUGUGUGUCUGUCGAGACGACCCCGUGGUUUUGGCAGACACAGUGCAACUGAUCCACUGGACUCCGGACCCAAAGCUCUCUGCAUCUCUGUGGCCUCAACCAAAGGAUUCUGUCCUCACUCCUCCAUCAUGGGACGCUAGACUUGAUGAAGCUACUAAACCUUAUGGCUGUAGGAGACAGGAUUCAAUGAUUACCCUUGACGGCUGUGCUCCUCUCAAGCCUGUGCAACUGCACAAACCCCAAGAUACAGAGGUGGGAUGGGAUUCUGUUGACAAUAUCCAAACCCACAGCCCCCAGUACUCGCGUUCGGCCGAAUAUGACCAUCACCACAUUGUGGCCCUGCAACCUGACCAGGUGGUCAUGGAGGCUGCUGACUUCCUUUACAAGAAACACCCCACAAAGUCAACUCUACUCCACUACAAGAGGGGCACACUGCAAGCCAUUAGGGGCCCUCACGUGAGACUAACUGGCAACAGCCAUGUGGUGUUAGUUGGUCACGGUGCCAAAGAUGGUGAUGACGGAGGUGGAUUCCAACUGGGUGGCCAUGAUCCUCAGGAGAUUGGCAGACUGGUUGGCAACAUGGACGUCCUGCAGGAUGGCAGACGACGGGUGGGCAUGGUCACGGUGGUGGGCUGCUAUCUGGGGAAGCACCUGAAGUUCGCCAAGCAUCUACUGCAGGCACUGAGGCUCUACGGCGUGGAGACAGAGCUGCGCCUUUACACAACCGCAGUUUCUGUGACUCCGAGCGGAGAGCAGUUGACUGGUGGAGGGGAAGGUGGUGAGUGGCGGCACAGGGACAGCAGCAAGAGCGUCUUCGCCAAGUUGGAUCUGGCAGGGAAUUUGGUGACCAGGUGGGAGGAAGGAGGCGCCAAAGCCAAAGGGCAAGUGGUGCCCGACUACCGAGGCGGCGUCUUAUACCAGGAGUGGCCGACUGGACCGCAGAUGUUUGUUCCUGCAGAGUUCCGCAAGAGGUACCCUUACAUCGACUGCCUGGAAGGGCUCACAUGGAGUCUGUUCUACGAGGAACAUGGCAGGAGAAGAGCUCCAGACUUUGACCCAGGGAAUAUGGAAGCAGUGUGGCUGAAUGAAACACUAAUCCCAGACGACAGUGCAGCGCCGAUGAAACACAUAACCACCAUACUAGAUCUUGUCUGCGAGAUUAGGUUCAAUGCCAUGGAGGACAGCAACGAGGACGUGCAUUAUGUGUUAAAUAACUACAUCUACAAGUUUCACAGCAGAACUCUGCACACUGCUCUUGUGGGCAUGUUUAUCGGCCCAAAAGACGACAUCAAGGUUGAAAAGUUCACCGACCUUUUUCUGGUUCAAAAAGAAGAGUACACCUUGCAGGAACUUCGUCAGGGUCUCGAGGCCUCUGAGUUUGUCAAAUUCUGCCGUCAGACCUUCCAGUUGCGCCACUGCGAGCGGAACUGCGAUCUCUGGGGCCGCUACUUCAUGACCGCAGUCCUCUCCGCCUCAGUGCGAAACUUCCGCACCUUCUCCCUUUUCCUCGUGACGACCAUCGCGUGUGAGGUCAGCCACUCCCAGGGUCACGGCGACGCGUCAAUCUGCUCCGCGUUCGUCGGGGACGACUACCCUAUGGCGGCUCAGGAACCGGGGCCAGAGGACAGACGUCGGGGUUUCUACGGGGGCACGGUCACCGAGGUUACCAUCAACCGGAGGGCCAAGCUGAAGUGGUUGGACGAGGUGGUCGCUAAAGAAAACAGCCUGUACAAACGCUCCAUGGCCCUCAUGGUUGACAUCGGUCGUGACCACGAGACGGAGCUGGACAUAUUUGCCAAAGUCAAAGUCCUGAACACCUACGUUUUCUCCUCGUUUCUCGAGUUUUUCCGCGGGACUGAAGAGGGGAGGAGGCUGAAGAGGGGUUGUGUCGGUCUCCCUCUACAUGAUAAAUCAGAGAACGUAGAAUAGUAACAAGUAGUAACAGAGGGGCUAAAAUUAGUGGACACAUUUUAGAUGCCUUUAUCUUUAAAUGCAGAGUAACAAAUAUGGUAUAGGCCUACACUAUUUGUUGGAAAGUUAACAUUGAGAACUGUUUGAAACAUCUUUGACUUUUAAACAAGUCCACAGUUUGAAAUGUUAUUAUCUUUGUUUUUGUGGUAUUUGUGGUCCACCCUCUGAAAAUAAAAACUGUAAAGUAAUACAUUUGGA